AUGGCGCGCGGUAGCAGGAGCGUGUCCCGGCCCGCCGCCGCACCGGCGCCCGCCAGGUACCGGGGAUCGGCUCCCCCGGCCCCAGCGGCCCCGGCUCCAGCGGCGCAGCCGGCGCAGCCCGGGCUGAUGGCGCAGAUGGCGAGCACGGCGGCCGGCGUGGCCGUAGGUUCCGCCGUGGGACAUGUCGUGGGCAGCGCCAUCACCGGCGUCUUCAGCGGUGGCUCCUCCGAGCCGGCUAAGGCGGCGGCGCCCGCCCAGCCCCGGCCCGUGAUGCAGCAGUCGCCGUACGGACCCUGCCACUAUGAGAUGAAGCAGUUCCUGGAAUGCGCUACCAAUCAGAGAGACCUGACCCUGUGCGAGGGCUUCAACGAGGCUCUGAAGCAGUGCAAGUACAGCAAUGCUUCCAGGGCUCAGCCUGUGCUGACGCAGCCACAGUCGGUGUUUGUGCUGCCUGGGCAGAGCGCUCGGCUGUUCUGCACCCUGAGCCCCCAGUACAACAUCAGCCAGUUCGGCAUCUCCUGGUACCAGCAGCGCCCAGGCCACUCCCUCAGGUAUCUGCUCUAUUACAACUCCGAGCGAGACAAGCACAAGGCUGCCAAGACUCCUGACCGCUUCUCGGCCACCAAAGACCUGGCCAGCAAUGCCUGCAUCCUCACCAUUGCAUCUGCCUGUCAGGACGACAAUGGCACCUACUACUGCUCCCUGUCACCUGCAUUCAAAUGGCUCUAAAAUGGGGGACUGAAGCUUUCCACGCUUUCCUUGGCCACCCUGAUGUGCUCUUAGCAGGGAAAGCAGCAACCCUGGGAGGGAUGGGAAAAAUCCAUCUUUGCAUGCUUGAGCAGGCCCGGCAGCGCUGCCUCGUGCUGUGAACUGCAGAACCUCCUCCUUGUCCCCAGGCGUCCUCCAUGGGGCAUUAGACAGGGCCGCAGAGCCAGGGCCUCCUGCUGCAGUGGGAGGAUGGAGUGCUCGGCCGCCCUGGGCUCUUCCAGCACGUGGCACGAGGCGGCCUCGACCUGCUUGGGGCUUCCGCAGAGUUUGGCUCACCCGGUAAUAAAGGUUCACCUUCA